GGAGGUUGUCUGGAAGAACAGGCCACGUACUCAGCUCACGUCAUCUCCCAGGAAAACCUGGUGAGCCCCUCCCUUUCCAGUGGGGAAACUGAGGCCCCAAGCAGCCUGCACCCAGUACUUCUCCGGGCAGACUGCAGCUGGGGCCCCAGCGCCUCCGGCCCAGCCUUCCUCGCCCAGGAGCCCAGGACAAGGCCUAUGUGAGUCCCGGGCUGGCUUCCUCCUGCUAAGAAAAUGGUACAAACUGGAGUGAUGACCUGGCCCGUGCUCUGGGGUGAAUGGAAACAUGCUCUAUCUUCAUGCUUCAUCAGCAUCACCAGCUACAUAGAUGGGCCAUCAUGGCGCUGCAAGAGCUGUCACUACCCACCUCUUGCACCCAGAGCAGUGGGCACGCAGGCCUUGGCACUGUGGGCCGCUCCUCAGACAGGCUCCAGGAGGUACAGCUGUCUCUCCUCCCGGGAGCCCUGUGCCAGCUGCUCUAUGGACACACAUACAUCCAGCCAGACAUGCUGUGUGCUGGGAAUCUCAGGAAUGUGGAGACUAUGUGCGAGGGUGACUCUGGGGGCCCACUCGUCUGUGAAUUCGAGCACAUCUGGUUGCAGAUUGGAGUAGUGAGCUGGGGCCGUGGUCGUGCAUACCCUACGUAUCCUGCCGUUUAUGCCCAAGUCUCCUAUUUCUCAAAAUGGAUCAGUUACCACAUGGAACACACCCCCACCGACCUCCUCAGCCCCUCCCUGCCCUUUCCUCCAGUCUAGGGGCCGCUGUCAGCCUCCUGGUGACCACACUGCCUGUCUUGUCAGUGUUAUGAAGGCCACCCUGGCUCCCUCCUACUGCAGGCCUCUGCCCCUGAGCAGCUCAACCUCUGGGUCUCCAUGCACCUGGGAAGGUGAUGGCCACCAUCCAGGCCCAAGUGUGGGGCUGGGAAGGUGCUGAGCCUGGGCCACGCCCUGGGAGGCAGGGCUGGGGUGCCCACAGAGAGCACAGUGCCUUGGCUGGAUACUUGGGGUACCUGAUAUUUGGUAAGACAUUAAAUAUUUACAAAGCA